AUGGAAGAUGAAAGAUGGAUGGAUGUAGGUCAGGUAUCUCGACGAGGGGAUAAAAAGAAUAUAUUUGCGCCUUCCGCGCCGCCGCUACAAAGAUAUGCACCAGCUCCUCAGCCCCUCCGCCGGACAGCAUCGCUGUUCGACACGCUCUCGUCCACCAGCAGUGAUGUUCACUUCAUCGACACCAUCGCCACCAUCGCCACCAUUGCCUGCAAAAUUGCACGAGGCUGGGAAGAGACAACCGCCUACCUCCCCUCGGCCGCCCGCCUUCCCGUCCUUCGCACUCACGGAGCUCAGAAGGUUGAUCACAUACAUCCGAGCGACGGCCCCUCCCCUCCUAUCACCACUCCCAGCGUCGACGCCAGCCCCGUUGUCGAUGACGAGCUCUUCCUCCACCACGCCAUCUCUUCUCUAUGUGUGAAAAAUUUUGCCCUGAUGCCGCAUUCCGCUACCACCACUACCUCCUCCCUCCUUUUCUCGAUGUUUACCUUGGGUCACUCGACCUCCGGCUUGUUCUCCGCUCACCUCCACCACCCCUCCCCUUCGACGACGAUACGUGAGUGA